AUGCAGCAAUCGCAUCCCUUUGGCGACAGCAUCAUCACCGGCCAGGUAGACGCAGCCAGCCGACCAAAUCUCUCUAGACCACCGUCGUCGCCGCCGCCGCCGCCUCCACCACCUCCAAUAUCAAUAUCGCAUAAUCCUAAUCUUAACCCACCCUCACGAGAGGCUCCAGGCCUUGACAGCAUCACGCCAGUCCCGCGCUCCGUCUUCUCGUCCGUCCGCCUGCCGCGAAGCUCGUCGCUGAUCCAGCCGUCGCACGUGUUGCCGUCGCCCACUACCACUACCGCCGCCAUCCGUGCUACUCAUACCACUACUCAUACCAUUUCUCCUGCUAGUAUUGGCAACAAUAGCGGCAAUCCACUCCAGCAAACGCAUCGCGACACCGUGCACCCCCCCGUCAGUCUCAAGCGGCCGUCAACUCCGUCGUCGCAUCCAAGCAGGGGCGCCACCACCGGAGCAUCGCCGCAGCAAGGCUCUCGCUCCCGAAACCGCUGGUCGACCUCGUCCGUUUCGUCUUCCUCGAGUCGCACGUCCCCUUAUGCCUCUCGCCAGGCGUCUGGCUCCCAUUCGCAUUCUCAUACUCUCUCCAACUCGUCUUAUACCCGCCGCGCCAGUAUCGAGGCUGUAGUUGGUGCUUUUCACGGUUCGUCUGCUCCUGCUGCCGUUGAGGCGCUGCCGCAUCACCCGCAACGAACCGAUCGAAGCCACUUCGCCGCGUCAGGGCGCAGCGAAACUCCCACACUGGCGUAUUCAAUGAGGACAGAGUCGAGCAUGUCCAUGAGGCAUUACGAGAGCAACCACCUACGCUCCAUGUCGCCCAACCCAUACGCAAAUCCCGCCACGACGACGUCGUCUACCGCCAGAAUGCCGCACGAGCAGAGCCACGAUCCAUACGCUCCUCGGGGCCACUCUAGGGACCACUCAGGGAAGAGCAGCAGAGAUCUGGGCAAGCCCCGCGCCCAAAAAAAUCCCUCCCAAAAGGCAAUGCUUUCUCGCGCGCUGCAAAAGGCCAACACGGCAGUGCAGCUUGACAAUGCUCAGAAUUUCGAAGGCGCUCGAGAGGCCUACUCUGAGGCAUGUGACUUGUUGCAGCAGGUGCUUGACCGAACAGCGGGGGACGAGGAUAAGCGGAAACUUGAAGCUAUUCGCCAAACAUACACCAGCCGCAUCGAUGAACUGGACCAAAUGGGCCCUUGGCAGGAUGAGACUGUCAAGGCUCUACCCGCGCGGCCAGAAAGUGAAGAUUACAGCGCGUCCAUAUACAUGCAUCAGGACUACGAGAUGAUGGAGGAGGCUCCCAGGAUCGAGACGGCACGAAUUGUAAGCUACAUUGGGGGAGACAGCUCUCCCAUUUCAGGGCCACCGGCACACCAAUGGCAGCAAACUACCGGUUAUACAACAAUGGAUAGACUGCAGCCCGCUCGUAAUUUAGAACCGGGGCUGUUGCAAUCGUCGUUUUCUCGGGCGCCUAGGCGUCUGCGCUCUACUGAGGACCUUCGCGCACAGAACCAGGAGGCCCAGUAUGCGGUGCCCCCUCUAUCGCCUCGCUCGCAGACGCCAGCCAAGACGAGUAGCGAUGAUAUGUUUGCAGAGCUGCCGCCGCACGAACCUUAUCAGUACCAGCAGCAUACACAGCAUCACGGCCACCAAAGACAGCCUAGCGAUUCUGUUCUAUCUCCGUACGAUCAGGAGAUUUUAGACGGGGCCCAGAGCUCAUGGUUGGAUCCAAUCGAUGAAUCGGGAGCCUCCACGGUGUCUUCUGUACAUUCACGUACGUCGUCGCUUGGCUACCGUCGACGCCAUAUUAGAGCUGCCAGUGGAAACACCGAAGCCGAGUUUGACACGGCGCUGGACGCUGCCAUCGAAGCUGCCUACGACGACGGCUUUGAGCCCAUGGACCCCGAAGACUAUGAAACUAUAGAUACCAGCGAGGAUGCCAUGGCAAGUGUACUGCAAAAAGUGGAAAAAGCACGCGAAAGAGUGAGACAGACGGAACAGGAAGCCUAUGAUGAGCUGGCGAAUCUCCGACAAGCACAGCAGCAGAAUUUACAGCAGCUGCAGGAGGAGGACAAGUAUACGCCGGACGGAUUCUACGAGGACGAUUCAUCUGAAGAGGAAGAAAGACUAUUGGAGGAGAUUACACGCGACUUUGCCAUUGAAGACUUUACAAUGGAGCAGCCACCUGUCGCAACAGUGUCGGCUAAGCAACAGGAAGCUUGGAACGAAGAUGAGACACAGGCGGAUUUCAUCUCAGGCGUCCGAUCCUUCUCUGCCUUGUCGCAGAGGCCACCCAUUCCUAACACCACCAGUGCGCCUGCAGCACCACCUCCAACUUCGGCAUUGCCAGAAUUACCAUCAGCAGGUUCGGGCUCUCCAUCGCGCGGAGUGCGGAGUCGUCGACUCUCUGGACAGAAUCCAAAGCAGCUCAAGAUUGAAACCGCAAAUCUCGGACAGGCCCCCAGGCCUAUUUACGACGAUGACGAAAUAUCCCCAAGCACUCAGGAGCCGCCUACAGAGGCGCUGGCCCGAACAGACAGCUCUCAACCCGCCAGGCCGCCGAUACCGACAGAAAGCUAUGCAUCCGAAUCAAAGGCUCCUGGAUCGCCGGGCGCCAAGAAGAAGCUGCUGGAAGGAGAAGAUGCGCCCAACGCCUCGCCUUCCAUCCACAGACUACGGAAGAACUUUUCCUCUUCCAGUUUGAGAAGCAUGAAGAGCAGAAAUAUGUCAGUAUCGCAUCUUGACGACAACUCCGACGUGUCUCCUGGUACCCCCAUGAACAAUCCCUUUGGCAAGGCACCUGCUGUGCCUGCGCUACCGACACCUCUAAUCACGUCGUUCAAAGAGAACAUGGAGAUGGCGGGUGGUGCAGGCCUUCAUCUUUUUGAGGACAACUUCCACGUAUCGGCCACUCCCGGCCCCCAAAGUCCAAUUGUUUCAGUAGACGUCCCCUUGCCCCUGGAACCUUGUCCAAACGACUUCAUGUUGCGGCCCUUUUGGUUGAUGCGAUGCCUUUACCAAACUCUUGUGCACCCCAAGGGAGGAUACGUCAGCACAAAGCUAUUCGUGCCGCGAGAUGUCUGGCGAGUGAAGGGAGUCAAGAUUAAGAAUGUAGAAGACAAGAUUGCAAACUGCGACUUUCUUACCGCAGCACUCCUAAAGCUAGCCAAAGUUGACACUCUAGAUGCAGAUGCUGUGUUGGAAGAAAUGCAGUCCCUCGAGGGUGUUUUGGAGCAAAUACAAUCAACUCUGACCCGAAAGCUUGGAAGCGAAGUAGGCGUCCAGGGCUCCGGCCUUCUCUUCAAGGAUGCCUCUAUGGACGGUGAUGGAGGAUCAAAUGUGCCGCGAUCAGGCAGCGUGUCUGGCAAGGCCUCUGCCUUCUCAUGGCGAAGGCUUCGACCAAAGACGUCGGGUGUUGGGUUGGGAGGAUCAUACAGCAACCGGAGUGCCAGUGCCGAAGUCAAGGAGGUGACGACACUACCGACUAUUCCCAUGACACCAAAACCGGCAAGUCGCCCAGCCAAGCGAGAUGUGAGCCAAGCGCAGUUCAUCGGCCCCAAUGCCAAUUAUAUGGGCUCGCUUGCACGCUUAUUUGAUGCUGCGCAAGCAGUUGAUCAAAUCGCAAGGCAGGUUGACGACCCCGGUCUACGGCAUGCGGACAAGACCCAAGUUGGCUUGGAGCUUUGCACACGGCACGCAGCCGAGUUUUUCGGCUUCUACGUCUGUCGGUUUGUCCUGACGGACCUCGGUCUUUUACUGGAUAAAUUCAUCAAGAGAGGAAGCGAAUGGGUUCUGACGUGA